AUGUUAGAAAAUCCAUCACAAAAGUUUCCACUACAAUACAGUGUUUCAUCAAACAAAUCAGACAUAGUUUUGGUAAAAUGCCCAAAUAAUGAAUAUAAACACAAUGAAACUGAUGAUAUAUUUGAAUCAGAAGUAAGUAAUAGUUUUAUGUCAAAUAGUGCAGUAUUUAAAACUUUAAAAACUGAAUGGUUUGCUAUUUCAAUUAAUUAUUUAUUUUCCAACAUAUCUUUGAUUAAUUGUGGUAAAUUGAAACUUAAAAAGUUUCCUCAACUAUCUAUUUCUUGGAAUGCAUUAAUAACUUGGCCAAAAAUUUUAAAUCCACCAAACAAUAGUAGUAUUUUAGAUAUAAGAAAAAAAAUAAAUGAUGAAUGGUAUAAUAAAAGUGAAAUUUUUGUAAAAAAAAUAAAUAGAACAAUAUUAAAUGUUAAAAUUAAUAAAGAAAUUGAAUUUUAUAAAGGUGAUCGUAUUUGUGUAUUCAAUAAACCAGGUAAUGAUCAAGAAAUAUUGGAACCUGAAAAAUGUUUUGUUACUGCUCAUGAUCUUCCACAUAUUGAUAUUGAAGUUAGCAAAGAGAGAAAAAUAAUUUUAAAGAAUAAUAUAUUUACAAAAAUUAUCACAAAUAAUGCAAUUGAAACAUUUAAUAUCAAACUUUUUAUAAAAGAAAAUAAUCACAAAAAUUUACAAUUUUAUAUGUAUGAGAAAGUAGAAAUAAGUACUAUUAAUAUACAUUAUAAUGGAACUUAUAUUUAUUCUCCUUAUGUAUUAUCCUUAGACAAUACUGUUAAUAUACAUUUUUUUGGAAUUAUUAGUGUAAAAUAUUAUUGUGAUACAUGUUUUCAUAAUACCACUUCUGCUAAAAAAGAAAUAGUUAUUAAAAAUUUUUAUUUUGGUCCUAAAGAAAAAAAUUAUAUCAAAAAUUUACCUGAUAUAAUAUAUAGUAAAGAAAACAUUACUUUUAUUAAACCAAAUUGCAGUUUAAAUCAAUAUAAUUUUUUAAAUCUACAUGAAAUAAGAUUUGGAAAAUAUAAUAUUUUAAUGGAACAACUUAUGAAUAAUAAAAAAGGUAUGGAAGAAAAGUUUUCAUUAUCCAAUAAUAAAGUUUUUUUUACCAAUGAAUCUUAUAAUGGAAUAUUUGAAUGUAUCUAUUCCACUUUUGGCGAUGAAACAUAUACAGUUAUGAUGAAAUUCAUAACACCAACUAUGACAGAACAAAAAGCAGCUAAACCUUUUACUACAUUGAAUUUAAUUAUUUUAAUUAUUUCAAUUAUAGUAAUUAUUAUUAUAGUUGUCGUUUUGGUUGUUUUAAUUUUAAAAUAUAAAAAGAAAAAAAGAUUGAUAAGAGAAAAAGAGAAAUUGGAAAAAGAAAGAAGAAGAGAAGAAUAUAGGAAAACUUGUAAAAUAAAAGUUACAGUAGAUAAUUGUGAGUUAGAUCUUGAUACUUGUUUAAGAGAAAAAUAUCUGAAAGCUAAAGCUGCAAUGCCAAAAAAAUAA